ACUGCUCGAUUUCAUGUGAAAGAUGAAUCUUGAAAUGUUAGAAAACAUGGGAGAAUGCCAUGUCCCUGUUAGGCUGGACCAAUUCUCAGAGAUCUUUUGUCCUAAUCUUUAAAGAUGCGAUUUUUAGUUUUAAAAAAGCGGCCCAGUGGCCCAAUAUCAUAUGCAUAUAUAUAAACCUGAUCGAUCUGUAUGGUUGGUCUUUCUCACAUCCAUGGAGACCGAAGGAACGGCCAACGGCAGCUCAAAUUCGUUAGUGUCAGCGGAGGUGGGAGAUCGGGAUUUGACUUGCCAUUUGGAGGGCGAUGGAGAGCAGGAAGUUGCAGAAGCAGUAAAUGGAAAUGAGUUGCUGGAGCCGGAGGCGUCUGACAGCCGGAAGGGGAUCCUAAAGGCUCUGGAGGCGGUGGAGAGGGAUACCGCUGCGAUUGCCGAGAGUUUUUCAUCUGUUUUCUCUUCUCUUCGUUUAUCACUUUCCGAGGCCACCAGUUCUACUGCUGAUCAUAUGAACUGCUUCAGUGAUGCAGCUGGUCACCUACAAGAAUGUGUGCUUGAUGCAUCUACAAAAGGAAAUCGAUACAUAAAUUCUUGUCUGAGGUUGAAUGAAGAAAUUAAAGGGAUGGAGGUUCUUGCCACACAGUUAAAAAUUCUCCGGAGAGGAAGAUUCAAAAUUGAAUGCUAGUGGUGAUUCUAAUCAUCUCCCUGGAUUCCCAUUCGUGGUUCCAAUUGCCGCAUUAAGUCCUUGUUUAAUGAGUUUGUCGCUGAUGUAACCGGCAGGGAGAGGUGUUGGCAGAAAUUUAUAGAUGUUUGAUCAGUUUUGUUGCAUUAUAACAGUUUUUUCUCAGGUUUGUCUGAGAACUUAGAAAUCUCUUUCUUGGAAAUUGAAGGGUCAGAAGAAAUUAUGAUCCAUAUUAUUGUUUUGUCUCAUCUGAUUCCAUGAUUGAGGUAGUCUUUACAGCUCUCUUACAGGAGAAGUAAAUUGGAGUGAUGGAAUAACGUUGACACUCAAUGCU